UACCUCUUUUGUCUUCACCCAUCAUUCUUUAAUACUUUUCUCCAAUCACUGUCUUUCUUUGUUUGUAGAAUUGUAUCAAUAUCACUGCGGGAGUUGUCGUUCUCUCUUUUUUCUCUGCAUUCAAGGUUAUCUCCAGCUCCUCUCUGUUUCUUUCCUUCAUUCUCUCUAAGUGGAGGAAAGCCAAAAGAUUAGUGAGAGGAUAGCUUAAGCAUAUAGUUGCAGAGAUGGAGAUAACCAAUGUUUCUGAGUAUGAGGCAAUUGCAAAGCAGAAAUUGCCAAAGAUGGUCUAUGACUACUACGCAUCUGGUGCAGAGGAUCAGUGGACUCUCAAGGAGAACCAACAUGCAUUUUCCAGGAUUUUGUUUCGGCCUCGUAUUCUUAUAGAUGUAAGUAAGAUAGACUUGAGAACAACUGUGUUGGGUUUCAAUAUUUCAAUGCCCAUCAUGAUUGCUCCUACAGCCAUGCAGAAGAUGGCUCAUCCUGAAGGAGAGUAUGCAACGGCAAGAGCAACAGCCGCGGCUGACACAAUUAUGACACUGUCUUCUUGGGCUACUUCCAGUGCCCAAGAGGUUGCAUCAACAGGACCUGGCAUUCGCUUUUUCCAACUCUAUGUGUACAAAGACAGGAGUGUGGUCACACAGCUUGUCAGAAGAGCUGAGAGGGCUGGUUUCAAGGCCAUAGUUCUUACUGUGGACACUCCAAGGCUUGGGCGCAGGGAGGCUGAUAUCAAGAACAGAUUUGUUUUGCCGCCACAUUUGACAUUGAAAAACUUUGAGGAUUUGUUUCUCGGAAAGAUGGAUAAGACCAAUGAUUCUGGACUUGCAUCAUAUGUUGCUGGACAAGUCGACCAGUCUCUCAGCUGGAAGGACGUAAAAUGGCUUCAGACAAUCACCAAAUUACCAAUUCUUGUAAAGGGUGUAAUUACUGCUGAGGAUGCACGACUAGCGGUACAAUAUGGAGCUGCAGGAAUUGUCGUCUCCAAUCAUGGAGCUCGCCAGCUUGAUUAUGUCCCUGCAACUAUUAUGGUUUUGGAAGAGGUCGUCAAAGCUGCACAAGGCCGAAUUCCUGUGUUUUUGGAUGGUGGAGUGAGGAGAGGAACUGAUGUUUUUAAGGCUCUGGCUCUUGGAGCAUCUGGUGUAUUUAUUGGUAGACCAGUGGUGUUCUCAUUAGCUGCUGAUGGUGAGGCUGGUGUAAGGAAAGUACUUCAAAUGCUUCGUGAUGAGUUUGAGCUAACAAUGGCGUUAAGUGGAUGUCGUUCGCUGAAGGAGAUCACCCGCGACCACAUUGUGACUGAAUGGGAUCGUCCUCGGAUUGCUCCCAGAUUAUAAUUGCAUUGAACUGUCAAAAAAUUUCCUGUCUUGAACCCUCAUGGUUCAGAAAUUAUAUAUUUGAGAACUCAACUUCUAUAUUGGGAAUAAAUGGUGUUCAAUAAAGAGCUUUUACUUAGUUCACUUUAAGUGAAAA